GAGUCCUUCACUCAGUAGAGCAGAGAGAAAGACGAGCUUUCUGACUUUCUUCCGCCUCUUGGUUUUGCUAGUGUGUAGGGUACAGUGACAGUAGAACUGGCAGGCGUUGGUGUAUCUGAGAAAAGAUUCUUACCUCUACAGCUAGAAUUGUGUUCCUCGAGUAAAAUCACCCCCUCUGAGCGCAAUGUUACGGCGGAGACCCUCAAAUGCCUCAGAGAAGGAGCAGGGCCAGGUGCAGAAGAAGAAGUUGACACUGCAGAGGUCCAGCAGCUUUAAAGACUUCAUGAAGCCCAAGCCAUCAUCACCUGUGGUGAAUCCUGAGCUCACGCUGGAAGAGUCGCUGCCAGAGGGUGAAGUCCAAGAGAACUCUGAAAAACACAGUGGGAAGCUGGGGAAGAAAUGGAGGAACGUCAUCACUCGCACCAUGACCCGGAAGACAUCCAAGAUGGUACAGAAAGCUCUUGCAGAGGAAGGGAUUGAGAGUGGAGAGGAUAGCUCAGUGUCUCCUGUAUCCCCUAAUGACUGGACUCCAGACCUGACUGCUGGAAACCGGACAUCUGUGUGUUCCAAUAGUUCGGAAGACACCAUACACUCUCCUGUGUGCCGUCAGCUCUCUGGAUGUGGGGACAGACAGAGUCUGGAUAGUGGCUUCAGUCAGAGGGACAGUAUGGACAGCACUUAUACUGGACCAUUUUGUGGCAGGGCCCGUGUGCAUACUGACUUCACCCCCAGCCCUUAUGACAUAGAAUCUCUCAAACUGCAGAAAGGUGAUAUUAUCCAGAUCAUUGAGAAGCCACCAGUAGGCACUUGGACUGGUAAGCUCAACAACAAAGUGGGCUCCUUCAAGUUCAUAUAUGUCACUGUGCUCCCAGAGGAGGACACACCACCGAGGAGGAAGCGAUUGCAUAGUCGGGUACGAUGUAAUAAACCCAAGCCGAAAACGCUGGAGGAAGUUUUGGAUAGGAUUGGCCUAAAAGACCUUGAAUCUCUUCUCUCCAUGCAUGGUUUCCAAAGUUUGGAGGACUUUAGUGGACUGAAGGAAUCCCACCUGAAUGAGCUGAACAUCACAGAUCCUGAGCAGCGCACCAAGAUACUGACAGCAGCCGAACUGCUUCAUGACUCUGAGGGAGAGUCUGAUGAAGAGGAGAGAGCUGAGGAGAAGGUUGACAUGCCACGGGACUCAGGUUGCUAUGAGAGCACAGAAAACUUGGCGAAUGGACGUGAGGAGGCUGAAACAGAGCCCAAAACAGAACCUGGCUCAGAUAAAGAUGUAGAAAGAGACACACAGCUCGAAGAAGUUCAGGAGAAGCUGAAAGAGCUGACUGUGGAGGAGGAGUCCAUAGAGCUUUGAAUAAACACUGGAAAAACUUUACUGCUGUGCUUCAGGGACUCCACUUCCUUCACUGAUGGAUCAGAAGUGUUUGUAGCAGCCCAACUCCUAUGGCAAACCUAGUUCAAAUAUAAAGUCAUGAAUGCUGAAUUACAGUGGACAUUAAUAUAAUCAAAUUUCUAUUUGAUGCAGCAGGGAGGUUUUAUAAUGGUAUCUCACUGAAUGGACAGUGGCCAUUUUGUUUUUAUCAUUCUGAGAAAAUCCUUCAGAAUAUUUCAAUAGAUUUAACAUGAAAUAUACUAUAAACAGAAUCAAAAUGGACAGUGACACUUUGUCCUUUGGUUGAGGUCAUAGAUUUGUCUGGUCUUAAUGAUGCUAUAUAGUACAAAUUGGAUUACUACAUAGUAGUACAUAAUUUAAUUACUUUCUCUAUAGUCAUAAAGUAACUUUGAAAUAUGACAAAUGUUUCACAUGUAUACCUACUUGAUGUAAUAUUUUAAAAUGUGAUUUUAUUAUGAAUGUACAAUGCAGGGGGGACACAGUGGCUUACUGGUUAGCACAUUUGCCUCACACCUCCGGGGUUCCGCCUCGGGCCCUGUGUGCCUGUGUGUGCGGAGAUUGCACUAUCUCUCCGUGCCUCUCAAGCUUCCUCCAGGUACUCUGGUUUCCUCCCCCAGUCCAAAGACAUGUUUUUUAGGCUGACUGGAAUUUCCAAAUUAUCUGUAGUGUGUGAAUGUGUGUGUGAUUGUGCCCUGCGAUGGGUUAACCCCCCAGGGUGUCCCCCGCCUCUUGCCCCAAGUUCUCUGGGAUAGGCUCCAGUCUCCCUGUAACCCUGUGUAGGAUAAGUGGUAUGGGAAAUAGAUGGAUGGAUGUACAAUGCAGUAUGUCAUAUGUAUUGUUAUAUUUACAAUAUUUCAUUACUCACUUAUGUACAAGACAACCAGUAAUAUACUGAGUCUGUAAGUGUGCUGGCUAUAAUUAUACUUUGUGAUAGUCUUUGUUUUAUAUAUGUACCAUCAUGCUUUGCUGUAUGUUUUUUUCAUAUUUUUGCUACCUUUCUGUCAUAUUUGUGUUUGUGAUGUCAUGUUUUUUUACAAAUAUUUUGCAAACGUUAGUAAAGAUUUUACCCAGAGGAGUUAUGUACGGUAUCAGUCAAAAAAAAUUUGUGGUCUUUCGAUUUAAAUUCUUAUUCUUGAAUUUGGCUUCUAUUAUAAAUAAAAGAUGAAGUCGCUGAAAAAAA